AUGGACUAUCCGGAAUCCCAUAUCGUUACUCCAGGUCCAUAUCGGGCAACGAAACUGUGGAACGAAGUGACUAAACUUUUUCGGGCGGGAAUGCCACUGAAAAAGCAUCGGCAGCACUUCAGGCUGUACGGUAACUGUUUCACCGCGGCGGCAGCUGUGGACUGGUUACACGACCUGCUCAGGAACAAUAGCAACUUCGGCCCAGAGGUCACAAGGCAGCAGACGGUCCAGCUGCUGAAAAAGUUCCUAAAGAAUCACGUGAUUGAAGACGUGAAGGGCAGAUGGGGUUCCGAGGAUCUGGAUGACAACAGUCAACUUUACAGGUUUCCUUCCACUUCUCCUUUGAAGCCAAUUCCCAGUUGCCCACCACUUGGGAGAAAAAGGAGUUCCUCGCUGAAGGAAAGAGAGGGCCUCUUCAAGAUCAGGACAUCCAAGAAAUUUGACAAAGAGACACAAGAAAAUGUGGAUCCAUUGAACCAAGAAAAGCUUGCUGAUUCUGCUCCAGCUGAAGAGGUCCAUCGUCGAGAGUUGACAGAGGAAGACAUCCUUGAUGUCUGGAGAAGCAUAACUUUGACACAUCUGGAGAGAACCUUGGGUUUGACUACUCUCGAAGAUGUGUUGGACCCAACUCAAGUGAACUCUCAGCACAUUGUGUACAAUAUGACCAAUGUCAACAAGCAUGGUGUGGUUACCCUACAGGAUAAGACAGAUGACCUACCUCACUGGGUUUUGUCAGCUAUGAAAUGUUUGGCAAACUGGCCAAAGUAUGACUCAAACCAGCCUUCGUACCCUGGGUUCGAGAGGGAUGUGUUCAAAACUGUUUCAGAUUACUUUCUCAGUCUUCCCCAGCCACUGCUUACAUUUGAAUACUAUGAGUUAUUUGUGAACAUUUUGGUUUUGUGUGGCUACAUCGUGGUGCCUAAAACGCAGCGAGGAAAGCGUAAAAGCCAGGAGGAACCCAGCUGUCCUCAGCCACCAAAAACCCCUAACUUGAAUGACGCUAACCUGUUCAAAUCGACGGAGUGCCUUUUGUUGAGCUUAAUACGUAAACAGUCCUUUGAGGAGACUGAAUCUCCCAUGAGGGAAGUGUUCAGUUUCAUGGCCCAGUCUGGUCCGCUGGAGGCAGACUGUGCCGGGAAGACCCAGCAGCAUGAUGCAGCCGGCAGAAGACUCGGUGCCAGGAGUGCCAUCGGGGGCAGCUGCCAGAACCUCUUUCAGACUGCAGCCGGGGGAGCAGUGUCAGUCAGUCUCAGACCCAGGAGCUGCUCCCUGGAAGGCAGUGCUGAUGACUUGGCUUAUGCUUGUCCUCCACGCACGCUGUUCCAAUCCUCAGAACAGCUGAUGACCCACCGAAGCAGCAGCAGCAGCAGCAGGAUCGGCACCUCUCUUCAAUACAAAGCUGGUUCUCUGCUCGAUGUUCACCCUAAAGCUGAGCAGCAGGGUUUUGCCUAUGUAGCAAGCCUGUCCUGCGGCACAGGUUCAAGCAGGGAAGAUCCAGAAGUUUCUAGCGUUCACAGUGCUAGUAGCAGUGGUACGCCAUCACCACAGGAGGUCCUGCUGGCUAAAAGACUCCAGGCGAGCCAAUCCAGGAGUGUUGGAAUCUGUGCUGGUAUUGGCAACCGCAGAGAGCUGUCCUCCAGCUGCUUUAGCAUUAACGCCCCAGUGGCAGAAAUAACGAUGAAGCCAGACUUUUCCUCCAGCAUUGGACUGAGAAGGCCCAGUAUACCCAACCUGACUGGCAGCAGCACAGAUGUCAGGGCAGGGCCAGUUGUGAGCAGGCGCUGCUAUAGCUCUGUGGACCUGUCCAACAAGCCUGCUGCCUCUCCACCCUCUGUGUCCACUUUUGCACGUCAACCAAGUCCUGACCAAAGUCUUCUGCAGCCGCAGCUGGAGCGGGUGGCCAUCGAGGCCCUGCAGCUGUGCACCCUGCUCCUGCCCCCGGCCAGCCGGCGCAAGCUGCAGCUCCUCAUGCGCAUGAUCUCGCGCAUGAGUCAGAACGUGGACAUGCCCCGUCUGCACGACGCCAUCGGGACACGCACGCUGAUGGUGCACACCUUCUCUCGCUGUGUGUUGUGUUGUGAAGAGGAGGUGGAUCUGGAUGAGCUCCUAGCCACAAGACUGGUCUCAUUUUUAAUGGAUCACCAUCAGGACAUUCUCAAGGUCCCUGUCUACCUACAGAAUGCAGUUCAGGAUCACAUUGCCUACCUCAAAAAAGUACAGAUAACCUACCCCAGUGCCGGUAUUGGCACCACUCUGCCGACAUACUCUUUCUGCAGACAGAUCAGCCCUCAGGAGUUUGAGCAGCAGAAACUGUCUGUCUCUCAGGCUGCUAUUGCUGACCUCCUCGAAAAUCUAAUCAAAGAUAAAACCCUUUCUGUGAAAGAGAAGAAAAAGAGGCUCAAGCAGUUUCAGAAACAGUAUCCAGACAUCUACCACCAUCGAUUCCCAACCACUGAAAGCGAGGCCCAGCUUUUUGUGGACAAGCCAAAGAUCAAGCCACCAAUGCUGAUAAGUAUGAAGAAAACCAAAGCUUUUAGCAUUCGAAACUGAAGGUUCAUUUUUAAGAGUGUAUGUGUUAUUUUUUUCCAUGCCUCCAUGAAGAAUUGGGAGUUAAAUGAAGACAAAAUGUGAAGAAGCUACAAAAAAUACUUUAGUUUGAUGUGCUA